AAUUGACAGAAAAAAAAAAAAUAUACACAAUGAGUUUGACAGUAUUAUUUUUCGACAAUUAAAUUAUUAACAAAUAAUAAUAUAAAAUGGGUCUUUUAACAGAUCCACGUGCUGGAAAUGUAAAAAUGUUUAAAUUUUUAUUAAAAUGGGAAUUGUUAUUGUGUUUUAUUUUGUAUAUAUGUGGUAUUGUUUAUCUUGCUCUUCUUCCACUGCCCAUGUUCAAUGAUGCUACAUAUUUUUCUGAAAAUGCAUUACUUCCUGGUCUUGUCACAAAAGAAAGUUAUUUGGAUAAUUCAGCAAAACAAUAUCAUCGUGAUUUGAUUAAUGAAAUGCAAAGAUUUCCAGACACAAUGCCACAUGCUUGGUUAUCAGCAAAAAUGAAUCACAUGAAUUUAGAUGUAUUUAUUCAUAAUUUUACAUUAAAUUAUCCAUUUAAAAAGCAUAAAUUUGUUGGACAAAAUGUUUAUGGUAUUGUAAGAGCAUCUAGAGCAGCAAGUACAGAGGCUAUUGUUGUUAGUGUACCAUUUCGUCCAUUAUCAAGUGUACAUCCAACAACAGCACCAUCAAUUGCCCUGUUAUUAGCAUUCGCUAAAUUUUGUCGUCAAAAAAAAUACUGGGCAAAAGAUAUUAUAUUUUUAAUAACAGAACAUGAACAAUUAGGUAUGCAAGCAUGGCUUGAUGCAUAUCAUGGUGUUAUUAGUGGCCAAGAAGAUGUAUUAGAUGCUGGUGAUCUUGAAGGACGUGCUGGAUCAAUACAAGCAGCAAUUAAUUUAGAAUUACAUGCUAUGAAAAUAUCAUUUAUUGAUGUUAAGGUUGAAGGGCUAAAUGGACAAUUGCCAAACUUGGAUUUAUUUAAUCUUGCACAAACAAUGAUUAAAAAAGAAGGAAUACGUGGAUCAUUUCAAAAAAAAUUUGAUAUUAAUUAUCGAAAAACAUUUAAAUCAUGGAGCUAUCAUUUUAAUACAAUGAUGAUGAUGGUAUUGACACAAGCAACUGGUAUACCAACUGGUAAUCAUGGAUUAUUUCACAGAUAUGGAAUUGAGGCAAUAACACUUGAAGGUUUUGAAAAAACUGGCAAUAAUGGUGAAGUUAAUUUUGAUAGAGUUGGAAGAACAAUUGAAAGUAUUGUUCGUUCAUUGAAUAAUCUUCUUGAGCGAUUUCAUCAAUCAUUUUUCUUUUAUCUUCUUCCAUCAACUGAUCGUUAUAUAUCAAUUGGUCUUUAUAUGCCAGGUUUAGUUCUUGUUAUUGGUGGUUUAUUUAUCAAAGCUUUUUCAUCAUGGUUAAAACUUCAAGAUACAACAACAACAACAACAACAGAAACAACAAAAGAUAAAGAUAAAAAUACAACAAAAGUAAUUUAUAAUUUUGAUAUUGGUGGUAUUGCAUCAGAAUUUUUAUGGGCACAUAUAUUUGGUGUUGGUGUUAUGUCAGCACCAAAAUUAUUUACAAUUAUUGGAAGUGAAUAUUUUAAAUUACAAACUGAGGAUUCAAUUUAUUAUGGAUUUUUAUCAACAACUUUAUUAACAAUAAUUUGGUUUAUUUAUUAUCCAAGAUCAUCAAGACGUGAUAAUGUUGCACUUGUUAAUAUAAUAACCCUCGUUGAAUUAGCAACAACUUUGGUAUGUAUUGCUAUUUUAAAUUCUUCACUUGCACUUCUUGCUGGUGCAGCAUACGUACCAAUUGUUCUUCUAAUUAAACCAAGAGAUGAAAAAUCAACAAAAUCAAGAAAACUACUUUCUUUAUUUUGGAUUAUACUUCAUCCAUUUGUUUUAUCAUCAAUAGUCAUUAUGACAUACACAUAUGUCAAUUUUUCUGAAGAAAAUAUAACAACUUUAGCCAUGAGAGGUCUUGAUGCAACUAAAAAAUCAUUUGUUUUUAGUAUUAUUGAUUCAAUGAUUUAUGGUAAUUGGUUGUUCAAUGUUACAACUGCUGUAUUAUUACCAAUUUGGAUUUUAUUGUCAAACGUCAUUACAAAUAACACAAAUAACAUGACGUGUCAUUAAAAAAUUUCAAUUACAUACCUAAAAAAAAAAAUUUAAUUAAAAAGAACUGAGUAAAACAAGUUUGAACAAAAAUAAAAAAAAAAGAGUCAUAAUUUUACUGGCAGAAAUAAAGCCUGUAAAAAAUAAUUAUAAUAGUUUAAUAAUAAAUUUUUUUUUUAAAUUACAAAAUAAAAGUGAUUUAAUUUUAUUAAAUCUCCAAUAAAAAAACGGCGUGCAUUUUUUUCAAUUUUAUUGUUAUCCAACAAUCAUCAGUUAUUUUUUUUUCGAAAUAAAAAAUCGAAAUUUACACUGGUUAAAAAAAAAAUAAAAAGAGUAGGGUUUUAUAAGUUUCCCCACUUUUUUAAGAUGAGAAAAACUAAACGUAAGCUAAGUCCCAAAAUACAAGAAAAACCAGUUGUCAUUUUGGGACCAACACAUCAUCUAGAAAUUUUUAUCAAAGUUGAAUAAAAGAUAUAUAUUUUUUCAACAUAAACCAACAUGUUUGUAUAAGAUUUUGUUUUAUCAAAGAUAUGUUAUCUCGGCAAUCGAUAUGCAGCUGAUAAAUGAUACUUGAAUAUAUCAUUUUUUUUUAUUUUUUCGUAUUUUAUUACACUCGUGGUUGGAUAAAUAUUUACGUAAACAGCUGCUUGAUACAAUUGACGUAGUAUUAAAUAUUAUCAAGUCACACAAUAAACUCUCAGUACUCUCGAUUAAUCUAAAUUAUCAUAUAAUUUUAAUGAUUUUUUAUAUUUAAUUUGAUAACCCGACUGAACUUUAAGCAGUGUGUGUCUAAAUAUCAUUUUGUUCUUCAGUUUGAACGCCAUCAUUGCAACUGGAUAUUUUAUAUAUUUUUCAA